CAGGAGAUCCCCCUAGACUUAGUGCAGUCAGUGCAGUUAUUCCGGCCCUCACCACCGGUUUUCACCCUCAAUAGGAAAGUCCAGUCCUUUGUCCUGACCCGAUGGGUCUACUCGUCUUCUCCCAAAGUGCGAGUCCUGUUUUACGUGGCUGGGAGAGACUGGGACAGAGGAGAGAAGGAGAAAGGAAUGAGAGAUGAGCUGCCUUGUGUAACUGUGUAUGCCUUCUGGCAGACUCAGGAGGUCCGGGGCUCCUGUGUCAUCAGAAAUGAGCAUGGGACCUGCAUGGCAGAGGUUGACCCUCCUACGGUUUGGUUCAGCCCAGUUGAGGGCAGUUCCAGUCAGGAAAGACAAGGGCCGACCCAGGGAAAUCCUGUGGAGCUGUAUUAUCAGGCCCGACCCAGCAUGUAUGGCCCAUGCACAGCCAGCGGUGAGGAGGGCAAGAGGUGGGAUAUGGGUGCUGGAAAUGCUGGGCCGCCUCAAGCUGAGUACAUGCCUGUGACCCCCAUGCAGAGGAUCGGGAGUGUUCGACUCCUGCAGGUCAAACAGGGAAACAUGCCGGUGUCUGUGCUCAGACUGAGAGAGGCUGUGGUCAUCCAGACCUCCUCAAAACCACUUAAGAAUACUGAUAUUGCCUCUUUUUAUGUCUAUGUGAGGAGCUCA